GUCUGCCUUCCUAUAUCUUCUCUUUCGUGAUACGUAAUGACACAAGAAGCUUCGCGGAUUAUACAAGAAAUAAUGUUUGCUUCGGAACCACACCGAGGUGAUGAUCUAAAGAAAGUGUUCGCAAGGCUAGUGGAACCUCAGGAGGAUCCAGUAUUCGUCCAGCAAUGUACCGGCGCCAUUCAUGAAGCAUUCCGAGUUGAUUGGAAAACUCAAGGGUCCAGCACACACUUCACACCGUUUGCGCACUCGUAGCAUACAAAGAGAGAUACAAUGCUCAGUACUGGGCAUUGCAGGGCCUGUGUAAUCUCAUGCAGAGCGGAAACGCUUCUGAGAAGCUGAGUUUGCUGAAAGAGAUGUUGAAAGAGGAUGUCGUUGGUGUAUUCUUACGAUACAUGCGACACCAGUUAUGUAUGAUGCGUAGUCUUGCUGUCAAUUCUCUCCGCGCGCUUGCGGACGCAUUCUUGGGGCUCCACAUAUCCUCUGAUACUGCAGGCGAAAUCAUCGAGCUACUCUGUGAUUAUGCGCUACAAGGGCCGGAGACUUUCAUCAGACAGAUGCUGGAUCCCGCGACGGCAUGGCAGAGCGCAAUGUUCAUGGGUAAAACGGAUAUAAGUCCCGAAGUCGCGAGUAAAGGCGCUCCGAGGAUUCAUGCCAUGGUUCAAAAUAGCGGGAUGUGGACCGUACACGGCAUUCUUCAUACUUUCCCUAUCCAACCACGGAGUUUUUGUCUUGACAUCCUCAAGAAGAGGCCUCAAAUCCUUGACCUUCUUCUGGAUUGCGCGAUUCUUAAUCGACCACCAGUCUAUCCAGAAACUCAGGUUCCUGCGACAGCCUGUGAGGUGCUAUGUCUAUUACUGGACUGGUCGGAUUACAUUGUACCGGGGCUCUCUCCGCCUGUCCCAACGGUGUACAAGACAUCAGAAUCGCGCGAUUUGAAGGUGAUGGCGCAAGCAUUAUCCGUUUUGACAUCGCGUCAGGACUGGAGCGAGAAGCUUAUUGAGGUAUGGAUGCAUAUAGAAGAAGAAGACAUGGAGACGGUUCGACGUCAUUUCACCAGACACCUUAACUCUGCUACUACAACCAGCCCACCAGGUGAAUCAGAAUUUGCCAAACUCUUUACAUUCCGAACCACUUGUCGCGUGUCAAUACUGCGUUUGAUUGCGUCUUUGACGCAUGCAUCCCAGACAUGUGGUGUCAAUAAUGUUCAGAUCGAGUCUCUCCUCCACCUGGCCUACCGAGGCUGUCACGACCAUGUCAAACGAUUCGGCGACGCUGACACAGAAGAGGCAGCGUUUGCUCGCCUUGAGUACGAUCGUGGCAUAUUUCAUUACCCUGCGGUGUCCCAGUUCCAAGAAAAACCCGUAGGUAUCCCAUUCAUAGUCCUUGAGCAGACAGUUCUUGGCCCCAUCGCGCUUAUUCGACUACUGGUCGUUCUUGCACAAAGAAGCGCACUAGCUGGCGUACAGGCGCUGCGCAAGGCACCACCCGGGCUUUCGCCAUCUACGUCGCUCAAACAAGUUAAACAGAUCACGCACCCUGACAUAAUUCGACGGGCGAUUACCAUCUCACAGGAACGCAUACUUGCCCAAAUUCAAAGAGGCCGGAAACAGCUUCUAAGGGGGAAAGAUGGGGGAACCAUCAAUCUUACGGGUGCAAUGUUUGCGAGCGCCGCUGAACUCGCCUUGGCCCUCAUUGCGCUGGAUACGUAUACAGACGGCGCUUACACGGAAGAAGUUCGGGGGGUGCGGAAACAGCUUGUCAUUGCGCUCGGAAAUGCCGCGCAGAUUGCACUGAAUCUCAGCCAGUAUCAGCGAGCGCUACACUUUGCGUCUGGUGCCGUUGGUGCAGCGGAAGACAUUUCUGAGGAUGAAGGUCUGGAUCCUGCUAUCAUCGAGAAAAACAAGCGGCGUGCGAGUCAAGCGCUUGCUGCACUUCAGCGUCACACAUAG